AUGAUUAUGCAAUUAUUGUCGUUGCUAUUUAUGUUUAUUAAUUUAUCUUUAACUUUAAACAAUUGUAAAUAUGAUGAAUGUGCUCGUUGUACUUUGAAUUUGUGUGAUAGAUGUAAAGAGGGAAGUCAUUUAGACAAUGCGUUAUAUUAUUGUUUCAAAUGUAGAAAGGGAUGCCACACAUGUACAACUGAAUUGUAUUGUACAAGUUGCCAAGAUGGUUAUUUUUUAGAUUAUGUAUCAACAACAUCUCAAAUAUGUUCAGUAUGUCCUUCAAAUUGUGAAACUUGUUCAAAUUUGACAAAUUGUAUUAUUUGUAAAGAAGGUUUUUAUCUUCAUACUAAUCAAUGUAUAAGCUGUGAAAACGAUUGUGAAUCAUGUACAAAUUCGUAUAACUGUCUUAGAUGCUCUCGUGGAUUCAAAUUAGUUGAUGGUGUAUGUCUUUCGUGUUCCAAAAUUGGAUGUGUAAAUGAUUGCCAAGAUGGGAUGUAUUAUAAUACAACCACACAAACAUGUCAAAGUUGUUCAAAUGAAUGUUUAACUUGCAAUACAGAAUAUGAAUGUACUUCGUGUAAUACUUUUUACGCUUUAACUAAUUCAAAAUGUGUUUUAUGUAACCAAAUUAUUCCUGGUUGUAUUACUUGUUCAAAUAUAACGACAUGUUUAAGUUGUGAUGUUCAUUAUAGAUUAUUAGAUAAUAACACGUGUUCUGUAUGUCCAACUCAAUAUCAAACAAAUGGUGUAGAUACUUGUAGUAACAUGGACUAUCCAAGAAAUUGUCAAAGCGGAUAUGUUGAUCCAUAUAAAUUUUGUGAUAAAUGUUCAGAUAAUUGCCACACUUGUUACUAUACAAAUACAACUUUAUGUUUAUCAUGUAAAAUUGGAUAUUAUUAUGAUAAGUCAUCAAGUAAAUGUCACGCAUGUACAACGAAUUGUGAUUUUUGUUCAAGUACGAGUUGUUUAAGAUGUUCAGAAAAUUUCAUUUUACAAUCUGGAGUUUGUAUACCUUGUAAUGAACAAAGUGGAUGUUCUAAAUGCAACAACAACGAAUGUAUUCAAUGCAAUUCAUCGUUCAUUCUUUAUAAUAGCAUUUGUAUAGAAUGUGAGAAAUGUGAAAUUUGUAAACCAACCAAAUGUGUUUUAUGUAAAAAUGGAGCCACUCCUUCAUUUGGUAACUCAUGUGAAUCUUGUUCUUCCAUUUUCGAAGGAUGUGAGAAUUGUUCACAAAUGGAACAAAAAUGUAUAACUUGUAAAAUUGGAUAUACAUUUAAUUCAACUUUAAAUGGAUGUAAGAUUUGUUCACAAAUGUUUGAACAUUGUUAUUGGUGUUCUCAAAAUGAAAGUAAAUGUAUAUUAUGUGAAGAACAAUAUACAUUUAAAAAAGGUAUUUGUGUAUCCUUUUCAGAAGCUAUAAUGCACUGCGUUGAAGGUGACAGAACAGUACAAAAGUGUUUAAAAUGUGAAAUCAAUUAUACUCCAACUGUUGAUUAUUUAAAUUGUUCAAUUUGUGAAGAAGCCAUUGAAAAUUGUUUAUAUUGUUCCCAAACCGAAUUUAAGUGUUUAAGCUGUAAACAUGGGUAUACAGUUUCUUCAAAUGGAAGUUGUAUUUCAUGUACUUCUCAAAACUCAGAUUGUGUAUCUCCACAAUUUGGAUCUUGUCAAUACGGACUUUCUUUGUUUGAUAAUUAUUGUUAUGAUUGUAUUUCUGAAAUAGACGAUUGUGUUUUGUGUGAUCCAACACAGUGGGGAUGCUCAAAAUGUAUUGCUGAAAAAACACUUUUUAAUGGAAUUUGUGUUGAUUGUAAUAUUACAAAUUGUAAUAAAUGUACAACGGAUUCAUAUGAGUGUGAAUUGUGUCAAAAUGGGUAUUACAUUUCAAAUGGGAUUUGUGUUCUUAUUUGUGACAAUGAUAAUAACUGUUUGGAAUGUAAUGGAAAAGUUUGUUCGAAGUGUAGUCUUCCCUACGUUUUAAAUGAUAAUUUCAAAUGCGUACAAUGUGUCGAUAAUCAAAAUACCUCCAAAUGCAUUAGAUUUGAAAAUGUAUGUGAUUAUGGAUAUUUUCCAUAUAAUAAUUAUUGUUGGGAAACUUCAAUUUAUUUUGACAAUUGUCAAAUGGCGAGUCGUACGAUUUAUGAAUGUAUAUUUUGUGAUUCAGGAUAUGGUUUAAAUACAUUAAAUCAAUGUGAGAGAUGUGAAUAUGGUUGUUUAUCAUGUUCAUUCAACAGUUCAUUUUGUGUUUAUUGUGUCACUGGCUUUUCAAUUUCAAAUGGAAAAUGUUUUAUAAUUUCUAAAAAAGAUUGUGAUAUUUACAAUAUGCCUUUGGGAUGUGAAAGUUGUGCAAAUUUAAUGUAUCCAAUAGAAGGAAGAUGUUUAUCAUGUGAGAUUGACAAUUGUGACAUUUGUAAAGAAGAAAGUUGUUUAAAAUGUUCUUUUAAUAAAACUACAACUGAAACUUCAUUAGAAUGUGUUCAACAAAUUGUUUCACAUUGUUCCUUUUACUUUAAUUUUAAUUGUUUUUUAUGUGAUGAUAAUUAUUAUUUGAAUAUAAAUAAUACAUGCGAAGAGUGUCCUUCAUAUUGUAAUUCUUGUGUGUUUAUUAACAAUCAAAUCCAAUGUAAAGCAUGUGCAAUUAAUCAUACUUUAUCCGAAGAUUCAACAAAAUGUGAGUUAAAAGAAACACAUUGUGAAAUUAGUUACAAUGGAUAUUGUUAUACAUGUCAGAAUGGCGCUACAAUUAAAAAUGGUAUUUGUUCUUUAUGUACUCAAAAUUGCGAAAAGUGUAAUUAUGAUGGUUGUGAUAUUUGCGAACCGAAUUAUUUGAUAGUACCACAAACAAAAGAAUGUUUAUUUUAUGACAAAUGUACAGAAAUUAAUGAUAACAUUUGUACCACUUGUUCAAUUGAAUUGUAUAAAACAGGAGAUCAGAAUUCCAUGUGUGAAAAUUGUUCAACUUAUUGUGAAUAUUGUUCUGAAUCCCUUUGUCUAAAAUGCAGAAAUGAAUAUUAUUUGUCUGAUACAUCAACGUGCGAAGUUGAUACAAAACAAAACAGGCAAUUAAUGCAAACAACAAAAACAAUUUUAACAUCAAAUUGCGCGUUAGUUCAAUCAGUUGGAUGUAUUAGAUGUGAUGUGGGGUAUUAUUUGUAUAAUUCCAAAUGUGUGAAUUGUCCAUCACAUUGUAGAAUUUGCUAUAGUCCAAAUGAAUGUGCGGUUUGUGAUAUAAAUUACACAUUACAAGGUUUUUCCUGUGAAUUGCUUAAUACCGAAAAUGGGUGUCAGAUUUUUCAAUUAAAUAAAAUAAAGUGUGCAAUAUGUUUAUCUGGUUAUGUAAUGAAUCGAGAAGGAAACUGUGAAAAGUGUCACUUGUCAUGUGACACUUGCAUCAAAGAUUCAACUAUUUGUUUGACGUGUGCAGAACAUUAUUUUAUGAAUAAUUCUCGUUGUGUAAGUACCACUCAAAUAGCAAAUUGUGUCACUGCAGGUUCACAUACAUGUUUAAAUUGCUCUAAAGGGUAUUAUCUCAAUCAAAACGGCUUUUGUACAAAAUGUCAUCCAAAUUGUUUGUCGUGUGAUUCUGAAACUGUUUGCACGAGCUGUUUUGACAAUUUCGUAUUUUCCAUGACAAAAUGUGUUGACAUGGUAUUAAUUCAACAUUGUACAAGUGCUAAAAUUGGACUUUGUGUUACGUGUGAAAAUGGUUUUAUUCUCAAAAACAACUUUUGUAAAGAAAAGACGAAGAUAUGGGUAUACAUUGUCAUACUAUUUUCUAUUAUACUAUUAAUUAUAAUUAUAAUAUCAAUUAUCAUAUUACCGCUCUAUUUUAUCUUUAAAAAACACAAAAAUACAGAAGAGAAAACAAUAUUUAAAAUGGAAAGAUCAAAUUUAAUUUUUACCAGUUUAGAUUCAGUUUUAAGUUCAAACAAAAAGUUGAUUGACUUCGAUAACAUUCAAAUUCCAGUUAAUAAAGAAACUCGCGAACUUCUAUGUUUGGGAAACAAGUCGAAACACCACAUAAAAUUACAAUUGAGUGUGAUUACAGAUGAAAGAGUAACAAUUCAAAUUAAUCCACAAAUUGUCGUUCUCAAAAAUGGCGAAGCGUGUGAAUUUGAAAUUUUGGUGACCCCAAAUUGUACAUGUAAAAUUUCUUCUUUACUUAAAUUGAUUUACAUCGACUUUAAAACAGCCAAAGAAACCGUUUUUGAUUAUCAAAUUGUUUUUAAUACAGAGCUUUCGACUCGAAUUGAUCCAAAUGAACUUAUUGAAGAUAAGAAACUUGGUGAAGGAUCUUUUGGCGUUGUUUAUUUAGGAGUUUUCAGGGAGCAGAAAGUCGCAAUAAAAAAAUUAAAAAUAGUCAAUGAAACAGAUGACAAACAACUCGAAUUUAUCUCAGAAAUUGAGAUGUUAGAAAAGUUUCAUUGUGAUUUUAUUAUCAACUUCUUUGGUGCAGUUUGUGUACCAAGUAAAAUGAGUUUAGUCACUGAAUUUGCUGAAUGUGGAAGUAUAGAAGAUAUAAUGAUUCAUAAGAGUCGUGGAGAUAUUUCAAAUCUAAUGAGGAACAAAUUUGUGUAUGAUGCAGCUCGAGGAAUUUUGUAUUUACAUAACAAUGGCAUUUUACACAGAGAUAUCAAGCCAGACAACAUUUUAGUUGUAUCAAUGGAUUUUGAAAACAAAGUGAAUGCUAAAUUGACUGAUUUUGGAAGUAGUAGAAACAUCAACUUGUUGAUGACUAACAUGACUUUCACUAAAGGAGUUGGAACUCCAAAGUACAUGGCGCCUGAAGUGUUGAAUAAAGAAAAAUAUCGAAUGCCAAGUGAUAUUUUCUCUUUUGCAAUAACCAUGUAUGAAAUUUUCAAUUGGGAAAAAUGUUACAACAAAGAAAAUUUUAAUUAUCCGUGGAACAUCGUCGAGUUCGUAGUCGCUGGUAAGCGACUUGAAAUUGGAAAUGAUAUGUCUAAUGAGCAAUUUAAAUUAAUACAGAGUGCUUGGAUUCAAAAUACCAAAGAGCGUGCGACUAUUCAACAAAUUGUUGAUGCUUUGCAAAACAUGAUGUAA